CGGAUGCCUUCAAUUGCAAGUCAGGCCAAGCGGGGGGUUACGAAUCCCACAGCGCUGGAAUAAUAGCCAGUUUGGGUCCGUUCGGCUUUUACGUAUUACCAACUGUGCGGCUGCGCGUGACGCACAACGAACGAACUUUUCUCCUUCCAUAGUCUCCCGCACCACCUGUGCUUCCGCGAACAGAUGAUUGUACCUUACCUUAGUUAACGGUCGCUCCACCAUCUCGUCCACUCACGCUGUCCUCGAAUCGAAGAAAAGCAAGUUCUGUGCAUUCCAAACCGCCCACGGUGGCCAUGACUGGCGGUGAUCAUGCGCUGGCGGCUUAGACCUGGAGCACCAGCAGCAUCACCAUGUUGAAAACAUCACCAUCGCCAGUUCUCACCAGCGCCUCCAUUCGCAACGCCAGUACCAGCGCCUCGCCAUCCUCGAGCUUCCGCAAUGCCCACCAGAGGCAGGCGCAACACACCCACGUCCCUCAAUCACCACAUGCCCCUGCCCGAGAUCCCACGCUAUCGGUCGCGACAGCCCCGCCGAUCUCGCACCGCAACAGUUCUUCGACGAUGGCGAAGGCCUCUGUCUCCGCCACAACGUCCAGCCCCCACGGUGCCUCCAUGAAGUCGCCCGUCACAUUGCGCUCCGAGCGCAAAGAAGACGACGAGCGUACAGGCGGGUCCGGCCCCGUUGCUGCCGGUCACCCUUCGAUCUCCGAGUCGACCUUGGAUCCCCCACCAUCCCCUCGCCCACAGACUACGGAUACACCGGCGCCUGCAGCUGCGAAGACAGCCACGACACCAUCGCAGGCACAUCCGAAGCCGGCGGGAAGCACGAUAUCGACACCACUGUCUCCCAACAAGCGUCGAGCGUCACCAGGUCCCCUUCCCAACGUCACACCUUCACCUGCGGCCAAUGCCAUACCAAAGCAGAACGAGUCUCCCUCAUCGACGAAGCGCGCAAAGGCAGAGCAGGAUGCGCCGAAAGCAUUACCUCUCAAAUACGAGCAUUGCGCGGUGGAGGACUUGGUCGAGUUAAUAGCACAUAUGCUUACGGAAUUAAUUACUACAAACGACCACAUACAAAUGCAAAGCGGGCGUCUCACGCGCUUUCACUCGAGAACCCCUCCUGGUAUAUCGGUGCGCGAUUACCUACACCGACUCGCCCGACAUGCCACUUUGAUACCGCCUAUCCUCCUCUCAAUGGUGUAUUAUAUCGACCGACUCUGUGCUAUGUAUCCCGAGUUUACGAUCAACACACUCACGGUCCACCGCUACCUGAUAACAGCAGCCACGGUGGCGGCCAAGGGGCUCUCCGACGCCUUCUGGAACAAUGCAACGUACGCCCGGGUAGGCGGAGUGCGGUUACAGGAAUUGAAACUACUGGAGCUCGAAUUCCUACACAGGGUCGAUUGGAGAAUUGUACCCAACCCCGAGGUUCUCGUCGCGUAUUACAACGGUUUGGUGGAGCGAAACCCGCGCUACACCUUGGAAACUGAGGAAGAGGACGAUGGCGAGCAGGAUGAGGAGGCCGACAUUAUCUCUGCCUAGGAGACGUCAGCGGUGGAGUAGGCUGUUAUGUUUUGGGAGGACGGGAGCUUGAAGUUUCCAUACUCUACCAAGGAUUACGACUGCAUUACAUUAAUCGGCGUUCAGGGUUUCUGGAAAGAUGGGCUGUUUUUCAUAGAGGCAUGAAUGGUAAAUGGCCCAGCAAUACGGCCGAAGAGUAGGAAAUGGUAUGUCUCGUGAUACCUACUCAUUGUGAGAUGACGAUGUGGGUGUGAUGGUUCAAGUUUGCAUUAUCGUUGCCGCGCGAUGCGAUGAUGCCAUGAGCCAUGAGCCGUGAAGACUUGCUGAGGUCCGAUCCUGCAUACCUAAUAGAACUUACCCCUUCAGAAGCCUGCUGGAGUUUUGAAAUGUAUAUGAGGUG